AUAAAUAUAUGCUUUAGUUUGGAUUUAGGCUCCAAAGUUGUCUGAGGGUUCUUACAUGAUGGGAAAAACCAUACAACUUGUUUUCUCUCUCUUCUUUUUCUUUAUAGUUAUUACAAUAAUUUCCUUGAGAGGAACGGCCAUGGCACAGAGCACAACAAACAUAACAACAGUCCAAGUAAAGGUAGGAGUGGUUCUUGACAUGAACACUUGGGUUGGUAAGAUGGGUUUGAAGGGUAUCUCCAUGGCCCUCUCAGACUUCUAUUCAUCUCAUGUUCAUUACAAAACCAGACUGGAGCUCCACGUCAGGGAUUCUAAGGAUAAUGUUGUUGGUGCAGCUGCAGCAGCUGUGGAACUACUGAAAACAGAACAAGUGAAGGCCAUCAUUGGGCCAUUGACAUCCAUGCAAGCAAAUUUUCUAAUUCAUCUUGGAGAAGAGGCUCAUGUCCCCAUUAUUUCAUUCUCUGCAACAAGUCCUUCCCUCUCUUAUCUUCGAAGUCCAUAUUUUUUCCGAGCAGCUCUAAAUGACUCAUCUCAAGUACAACCCAUAACGGCUAUAAUUCAAGCUUUUGGAUGGAAAGAAGUUGUACCCAUUUACACAGAAAAUGAGUAUGGAGAAGGUUUGAUUCCAUUUUUGACUGAUACAUUUCAAGAAAAUGAAAUUCGUGUUCUGUACAAAAGUACAAUUCGUCCUGUGGCCAGUGAUGAAGAAAUUGUUGCAGAGCUUUACAAGCUGAUGACUAUGCAAACCCGGGUUUUUAUAGUACACAUGACUUGCUCUCUUAGCGCUCGCUUAUUUACCAAAGCAAAUGAAAUUGGGAUGAUGAGUGAAGGGUAUGUCUGGAUCAUAACUGAUGGGAUAACGAAUUCCUGGAAUUUUUUUGACCCUUCAACCGUCAUCGACUCAAUGCAAGGGGUGAUUGGUGUACAACCACACGUUCCAAAAAGUAAAAAGCUUGAAGAUUUUAUUAGUAGGUGGAAAAACAAAACGCACCAAGAGAAAACUACUAGUGAUCUAAAUGUUUUUGGGUUAUGGGCAUACGAUGCGGCCGCAGCACUGGCAAUGGCUGUUGAGAAAGUUGGCCCGUUGAAUUUGAGCAUUUCCAACAUUGCAAAAAAUUCAACCACUGACUUUGGAAGUGUUGGGGUGUCUCAAAAUGGUAUUCAUCUUUGUCAAGCUCUUUCAAGCACUAGAUUUAGAGGACUUAGUGGAAAUUUCAGCUUUGUUGAUGGGCAACUGCAAUCGUCUGCUUUUGAGAUUGUGAAUGUGAUCGGAAAUGGGCCGAGAGGGAUCGGAUUAUGGACGCCGGAACAUGGAAUUGUAAGACAAUUAAAGUUUGAUGCAGUAAAUACGAGUUACAAGGAUUACUCAACAUCUCAGGCCAACCUUAAAGCUAUUAUAUGGCCAGGUGAUACUACAUAUACUCCAAAGGGAUGGGUGGUGCCAACAAAUGGAAAGGUGUUGAGAGUGGCAGUUCCAGUGAAGACUUUUUAUUCUGAUUUUGUGAGGGUGUCGAGAGAUCCUAUCACUAACAGGACGAUGGUCACUGGGUACUGUAUAGACGUUUUCGAAGCUGUAAUGGCGGCACUACCGUAUUCGGUUCCGUACGAGUACAUUCCCUUUGAAAAGCCUUAUGGAGAGCAGGGGGGUUUUGACAUCUUGCUGCACCAACUUUUCCUUGGGAAAUUUGAUGUUGUGGUUGGAGAUGUUACUAUUAGGGAAAACAGAUCCAAUUACGUGGACUUUACAUUCCCAUACACUGAAUCUGGUGUGACAAUGAUCGUGCCUUUUAAAGAUAAGAAGAAUUACAAAACUGCAUGGGUUUUUUUGAAGCCAUUGACUUGGGAUCUAUGGGUGACAAGUACUUGUUUCUUUGUGUUCAUUGGUUUUGUGAUUUUGAUCCUUGAACGUCAAAUUAAUGAAGAUUUUAAUGGGACUCCUCUGCGACAAGUCAGCAACAGUGUCUGGUUCUCUUUCUCAACCAUGGUUUUCUCUCACAAGGAGAAAGUAGUAAGUAACUUGGCGAGGUUUGUGGUGAUCAUAUGGUGUUUCGUGGUCUUAAUUCUGACUCAAAGUUACACAGCUAGCUUAACCUCACUAUUGACAGUUCAUCAACUUGAACCAUCUAUUACUGAUGUGCAAGAGCUUAUAAAUAAAGGGCAAUCAGUUGGUUAUCCAAAAGUCUCAUUUAUUCAUGAUAUCUUGAAACGAAUGAAUUUCAGUGAUUCUCAGCUUAAGGGCUAUAAUACCGUGGAAGGAGAAUUGGAUGCCGCUCUCUCGAAUCGGAGUAUAGUUGCAGCUUUCGAUGAAAUUCCUUACUUGAAACUCUUUACUGGAAGACAUUGCUCAAAAUAUACCAUGGUUGCACCAACCCACAAGACUGGCGGCUUUGGCUUUGCGUUUCGUAAAGGUUCCCAUUUAGUACGUGAUGUAUCAACAGCAAUCUUGCAUGUGAUUGAAGAAGAUAAAAUGUCUGAAAUUGAAAAAAAGUGGUUGCAGAAUAACAGUUGUCCAGACUCUAGCAGUACGGUGUCUUCCAGUAGCCUGAGUGUCCAUAGUUUUUGGGGACUAUUUCUCAUAGUUGGAGUUGCUGCUUCUUUUGCUCUCAUUAUAUUUAUGGCUAUGUUGGCUUAUGAGCACAGGAGUUUCUUGGUGCACUUGGAUCUCAAAUAUUUGUGGAGGAAGUACAUUCUCAAGCAUGAAGACACUGUCACUGCCAUUGACACUCACCAAGAUCAGGCAAGUCCAUCAUCAUCACCCUUGUCAAUCGCUCCAUCACCACCUACUCAACAGUCUCCCGCUCGAUCAACUGUUUCAGAUGACACCGAUGAGGCUUUUACUCAUUUUGAAGGAGAAGUGGCCGAAUCUCAAAACCCAAGACACUAAGAAAUCAUUAUUUAUAUCACAAAUGAAAAUAGUUGAUGAAUUAUUGUGUAUUACCAAUCUGAAAAAAAAAAUAAAAAAACAUCAUCCUUUUUAUUUCAUAGAUAAGUAAUGAAGCACUUGUGUUUAAAUUUUAAAUAAAAUUUCUUAAUCUGAAUGACUUUCAAAAAA